AUGACUAGAAAAACCAAUCGGCGAUCAAGUGGAAUAGGUCGUGGUAGGAGAAUUCGACUUCCUGGUGAGUUUUCUAAGCGAUUCUUUGAACUCAAGAAGUUGCUUGGCCACCAAAGACCAGGUUUAACCCUAGAAUGGCUUUUGGAGAACUCCAAGGAGGAAAUCGAGGACCUUCGCUCUAAGAAAGCAGUUAACCAUGAUAAUGAUGUGCUCGUCCCUUCGCCUUCUUCUUCUUUGGACGAAUCUGGGUUAACGACUAGUCCUCGAAGACUUAAAACAGUGUUACCUCCUUUUGUUUAUGGUAUGGAGAUUGUAAUGGAUUUUUCUCCAGAUGAGGUUGCUAGGUUUUUAUAA